AUGGCCACCAGACGUGCUCGUACUGAGGAUGACCUCUCUUGUCCAAUAUGCGGAAAUAUUCUCAGUCAGCCAGUGGUGCUUACCUGCAAACACCGGUUCUGUAAAACCUGUCUUAAAGACAGCUGGGACACACAAGGCAGUGAGGACUCGCACCAUUGUCCUUUGUGCUGGCGCCGUUCCUCCAUGGAGCACCUUGCGGUGAGCGCUGCUCUGGAGAAAACCUGUGAAUCCUUCAAGUAUGGAAGAUGCAGGAAUGACCCAGAGGCUUGCAAAGAGCAUGGAGAGAAACUCAAACUGUUCUGCUUGCAAGACUUGGAGCCCAUCUGCGCUGUGUGUGAGAGAGACGCUGUGCACACUGGGCACAGGCUCUAUCCCAUUAGGGAAGGAGCUCACGACUGUAAGGAGGAGCUGAAGAACACGCUGCUGCCUUUGAAGGAGAAGAUGCAGCUGUAUAAGAAGGCUAAAGUGGCCUGUGAGCAAACAGCAGAACAUAUUAAGAACCAAGCUGAGCAUGCCGAGAGACAAAUCAAAGAUGAAUUCCAAGCCCUUUACCAGUUCCUGAAAGAGGAAGAGGCUGCUAGACUUUCCAACUUAAAGGCUGAAGAGGAGCAGAAGACUCAGAUGAUUAACCAGACGAUUGAGGAGAUGAGCAAUGAGCUGGCAUCCCUCGCCAACACCAUCAGAAUAACCGAACAGGAGAUGAACUCUCCGGACAUCUCUUUUUUGCAGAACUACAAGGACACAAUCAAGAGAACCUGGCAAAGACCCUUGGACCCGCAAAUUAUUUCUGGCGCGCUGAUUGAUGUGGCAAGACACCUGGGUUCUCUGAAAUAUAAAGUGUGGGAGAAGAUGAAGCGCAUAGUUAAAUACAAUCCAGUGAUUUUGGAUCCUAACACAGCAGCCAGCUGUUUCCUCCUGUCAGAGGACCUGAUGACUGUACAGUGCUGCACCCAAAUCUUCAAGCUGCCAGACAAUCCGGAGCGCUUCGACAUCAGUGCAGAAAUGCUUGCCUCCGAGGGGUACUGUUCCGGGCGCCACAGUUGGGAAGUGGAGGUGAAGGAUAAUACCUACUGGGUGGUGGGAAUAGCCAGUGCGUCCAUCAACAGGAAGGGCAAGCACGUUCUGACGCCAGCCGAGGGGUUCUGGACUAUAAGGUAUCGCAACGGAGAGCACAAGGCCUGUACCGCGCCGUGGGCACCCCUCACCAUGACCAAAGAACCCCAAGUGGUUAGAGUAGUUUUGGACAUGGACAGGGGAAAGGUGACCUUCUACGAUCCACGAGAAAGGACGCCACUCUUCACCUUCAUGGAUGUCGUCACCCCCAAAGCAUUUCCAUACUUCUGCACUGCCUGCAAAGAGCACCCGCUGAAGGUCCUGCCCACAAGGAUAUCUUUAUCAGUGGACCACUAGCUCUGCUCAGGAGACUUGCUGGCGAAAAGGAUGAAAUUAAUCAGAGGCUGCUACUUGAUUCAGCAU